AUGAGUCUACCUCAAAAAUGCGCUGCGGUCGUCGUGGGCGCCGGUCCUGCUGGUCUGGCUGUUGUUGGCAACCUGCUGGAGAAACAGGUCGGGAAAGUCGCCUGGGUUGAUCCCUUCUUUCAGGCAGGUCGCGUAGGCAGAAAAUACCGCGAGGUUCCUAGCAACACGAAAGUCUCUUUCUUCCAGGCAUAUGCCACGGGAGUCCAGCCGUUUCGCGCAGUCGUCAGCAGCUCACGCAUUCCGAACGCCUUCACAACGUUAGCCAAGCUCGAUCAGGAUAAGACCUGUCAGCUCGAACAUGGUGCAGAGAUGGUUGAGGCCCUUACAGAAGGCAUUGUCAAGAUGGAUCGCGUAGUUCAAUGUCGGGGCCUUGUCGUUGCAGCCAACUUGGCAGAAAAUACUUCUUCUUGGACAGUACGGAUCAAGAACCAUGAAACCUCGGACGAGUUUGAGGUUGAGACACCCAGACUCAUCCUGUGCACGGGAUCAUCCCCGUCGACAGGGCCAAUUCCUGUGCCGGGGCACAACAUUCAGAGGCUGGACCUCGAUGUAGUGCUGAAGCCCAGCGAACUCUCCUCGUACCUUCCCCGGAACACACCGGUCACAAUUGCGGUAGUAGGAGCCUCACAUAGCGCAAUUCUAUCGCUCCUUAAUUUGGUCGAAUUGGCGCGCAGCUCCCACCCUCAGCUUCGGGUCAAAUGGUUUACCCGCCAUCCUCUUCGGUAUGCCGAAUUCAUGGACGGCUGGAUUCUCCGAGACAACACCGGCCUCAAAGGUCUUGCUGCAGACUUUGCCCGUUCGCAGCUUGAAGAUCAAGCCCUGCCGACCUCUGAGGCAGGUCGCUUCAUCACCAAGGUUGACUGCGGUAAUGGAAAGGAGAUGGCACAAUUCAAGUUACAGCUACCGCUAUGCUCUCACAUCGUCCAGGCCAUUGGAUACACACGGGAUCCCCUGCCAGAGCUGUCUGCGAACGGUGCGGCAUUGGAGCCAGACUUUGACCACGAGACAGGUGGCUUCUAUGACCAGAAUGGACGAACCAUCAAAGGCUUAUACGGAGCCGGCAUAGCAUUCCCAGAGCGGACGGUUGAUCCACAUGGCAAUGUUGAGUAUGCCGUCGGUUUCUUCAAGUUUAUGAAGUUCAUCAAGCGGGUGUCUCCUCAAUGGGUUUCCGCAUAA